UGGUGGGGGUCGUCGUCGUCGUCGCUCACAAGUGGAGGAAUAGUAGUAGUAGUGGCAGUAGUCACUGAAUGACUGACAGGCAGUGUUGUUUGUUGUUGUAGUUGUUUGUUGUAGUUGUUUGUUGUUAUUUGUUGUUGUUGUGUGAGUGUUGUGAGUGAGGCGAGAGAGAGAGAGAGAGAGAGAGAGAGAGAGUGUGUGUGUGAGUGAAGAAGCUUCAAGGUCGAGGAAGGUGAAGCCAGCCAGACAGCCAUUCCAUUCCAUUGCAUUCACUGGUGUAGAGAGAGUUUGUUCUGGUUUAGCAAGAGAGGAAGAAGUUGAACCCGGGCGAAAGAGGGGUUUGGAUCGAAGUUUGGGAUACGAGAGUGUUCGGGUUAGGAUGCCAUCUGGAAAGCUUAAAAUUGGGGUAUCUGACGAUAUGGCAACAACAACUCUAUCCAUGAGCCCUAAAAGCCCUAUGAGAAGCGGUACUACGGAUCUACAUUGUAAUUGCUCUGCUUCUCCGAAUAACCAUGAAGCAAUGGAAGUUGAGUCGGUUGAACCGAAAUUAAGCUCUCCAGGAGCACAUCUCCAAAUUCAAAUGGAGGAGAAGUACCUGCUAGAAAAGAUUCCGUCUCCGAUUAGAGUGAAGCCACUAAAUUCAGGAAAUGAAACUUCAUCUCCUGAACUUUCUCCGCCUCCAUCACCGAAACGCAAGAGAGAAGUAGAGUUCAUCAAGGAUUUGGAGGACGUUGCUUUCACGGCUGUUCUCCCUGCAAAGAAUAUUGACUUGCAUCGAUCUCAAUCAACAUUCUAAACGAACUUAAGCUAUCAUUCAGCUUCUGCAUCGCAACUGGAAAAAUCAAUUCUCUAUCAAUGGUGCUGGUACGUAGACUUAGCAUCAGUGCAAGAAGAUGUUUGUAGACCGAUUGUUAAGGAAGAUCCACAUUUUGAUGAGUUUCGCAGUGCACGCGUAUUGGCAUUUUAAAGAGUCUUGUAACGAAAUUGUAUCUUAGUAGGUUAUAGAUUUUAUCUAUACAUUUUACUUUGUUGGAAUAUAGAUCUAAACUUAUCAUAGUUACCGUCGUAACAGUUGUCAUUGUUACAUGAAGGGAGCCAAUGAAGUUAAUGUGCUCGUCUCAUACUAUGUACAGCAAACUAGCUUCCGCCUGUUAGUGUGCGAGGAACGGACACGUGAUCUGUUUGAUGCAGCUUUGCAUCAUAGCAUGUCAGUGUGACCACUAGAAGUUGUUUCGUCAGUCUGCUGCAUGCAGUCAAUUGUUGGAAAUACAAAUGACGUUUCACUAGACAUUAUUGGGAAGGUAA